CAAAUCCAGUUUUCUAUUUUGGCUAACUCACCUUCUAUCCAUUACUCUCCUUUAAAAAUAAUUUCUCUCUUUUGCUACACUCUCUGCAGAAACAACAAAUUCCAAAAACCCUAGGCUCUAUUUUCUCAUUAUUAUUAUUAUACUUUAUUAAUUUAAUGAAAAUUAAUUUCAUCUCUUCUUCUUCUUGUUUUCCACUUCUCAGAUUUUCAUUUUUACGUCGUUAGGGUUUUUCUUCUGCAACUUUUUUUAUUUUUUGCUUCUUUUUUUCUUGGAUCUGGUCAUGGACUCUCGAGAUUCGUCUUCUUCUCAAUCUUCGCAGCCCGCAAUCAACGCAACCACCGCAACUCCGGCCUCUUCCGCCGCUGUUACUGGCUCAUCAUCGCCAUCCACCACUGAAGAUGACGCUGUUCUUUCUGUAAACGCUGCUCUUGCUAAGGACGCUUCUUCGCAUUUCCAGUCUCGUCGUUUUGUUGAUUGUCUCGCCGUUUUGCAUCAGCUUAAGCAGAAGAAAGAAGACGAUCCGAAAGUCCUUCAUAAUAUUGCUAUUGCAGAAUGCUUUCGGGAUGGUUGUUCAGAUCCAAGGAAGUUGCUUGAAGUCCUUAAUAAUGUUAAGAAGAAAAGCGAACAGCUUGCUCAAGCUUCUAGAGAACAAGUUGAGGCCACAAACACUUCUGGAAACAAAGUUACUCAAGCAUCUAAAGUAAGUGGAGCAACAACACUUCAAUUUUCUGCUGAAAAUGGUGCAGGUCUUGUUUACACGGACGAAUUUGACCCUGCUGUUGCAACAUUAAAUAUUGCAAUUACUUGGUUUCAUCUUCAUGAGUAUACGAAGGCAUUGUCUGUUCUAGAACCCUUGUAUCACAAUAUUGAACCUAUUGAUGAGACAACUGCACUCCAUGUAUGCCUUUUGUUGCUGGAUGUGGCACUUGCCUGCCAUGAUGCGUCAAAAUCUGCUGAUGUAUUGAUUUAUCUAGAAAAAGCUUUUGGUGUUGGCGGAGUGAGUCAAGGUGAUGGAAGCUCUGCACAACAAUCUGCAAGUCUUGUGGCAAAAUCUUCCUCUGUUCCGUACAGUUCAUCUAUAAUGGAUGCUUCUAAUUCCGAUUUAGCAACUAGCGGGAAUGCUUUGGAAAAUUCUUUAUCAAGAACUUUAUCGUUAACAGAAGAGACACUCGAGUAUGAGACUGUAUUUUCACUUGAGAAUUUGACAAGACCUUCUAGCCUCUCGUCAUCAAAUGAUCUUUCAAGGGUCCAAAUUGAUAGAACUAUGUCUACAAUUGAUCUGAAGCUGAAGUUGCAGCUUUAUAAGGUACGCUUUCUGCUUCUUACUAGGAAUUUGAAACAAGCAAAGCGUGAAGUCAAGCUUGCUAUGAACAUUGCACGUGGGAGAGACUCGUCCAUGGCUCUCCUCUUGAAGUCUCAGCUUGAAUAUGCUCGGGGUAAUCAUCGUAAAGCCAUCAAGUUACUGAUGGCAUCAAGUAAUCGAACAGAGAUGGGACUCUCGAGCAUGCUCAACAACCUGGGUUGCAUUUAUUUCCAGCUGGGGAAAUACCAUUUAUCAUCCGUGCUCUUUUCUAAGGCUUUAACCAGCAGUUCAUCUCUUCGGAAGGAAAAACCUCUUAAGAUGCUAACUUUCUCGCAAGACAAAUCGCUUCUGAUUAUGUACAACUGUGGGAUUCAGAACUUGGCUUGUGGGAAACCGUUUCUGGCAGCUCGCUGUUUCCAGAAAGCAAGUUUAAUCUUUUACAAUGUUCCAAUCUUGUGGCUCCGGCUUGCGGAAUGUUGUCUGAUGGCUUUAGAGAAAGGACUUAUAAAAGCUGUGGACAAAUCAGAAACUGUAGUUCAUGUUAUUGGAAGGGGAAAAUGGAGGCAUCUCGCAAUUGAAAUUGGGACAUAUAGAAAUGGAUACACAAAUUCGGAAAAACAAGAGGACCUGUUUAUGGGCAGUGAUGGCCAACCAAAACUUUCUUUGACCCUUGCCCGCCAAUGUCUCCUCAAUGCUCUGCAUUUACUGGGCAGCUCUGAUAUAAACCAUUUGAAAUCUAGUUUGCCUUCUAGUAUCUCCUUGGAGGAAAACGAAUUAAUCGAUACGAAAGCAUCGAGUAUAUCUGUAGGCUUAGGUCAGCUUAGCUCAAAUGGUGAUCUAAAAGAGCCAAAGGGAGGCACAAGUCAGGAGAUUUUGCAGAACUCAAUCUCUCACUUCGAAGAUGUUCGUAGAAGAGAGAAUCAGAUGAUUAAGCAAGCUCUUCUUGCAGACUUGGCAUAUGUAGAGUUGGAACUGGAAAAUCCUGAAAAGGCAUUGUCUGCUGCAAAAUGCCUCCUGGAGCUUCCAGAAUGCUCAAGAAUUUAUGUUUUUCUGAGUCACGUGUAUGCGGCAGAGGCUCUCUGCUUGCUGAACAAGCCAAAAGAAGCUGCCGAGCACUUGUCAAUUUAUUUGUCGGGAGGACAUAAUGUGGAGUCGCCAUUCAAUCAGGAUGACUUGGAGCAAUUGCGAGAUGAGAAAACCUAUGAUUAUGAAGAGACCAACACGAAGAACUCUUCAUCCACGGAGGAAUCCCGAAGUAUUGAGUUUCUCAAGCCAGAAGAGGCUAGAGGUAUCCUUUAUGCCAAUUUUGCGAGCAUGUACGCAGCACAAGGGGAGAUUGAGCGAGCAAGGCAUUUUGUGACACAAGCAUUGUCGCUUAUACCGGAGAGCCUAGAGGCGACUUUAACAGCAGUUUAUGUGGAUCUUGUAUGUGGUGAGUCACAAGCGGCGAUUUUGAAGCUAAAACAAUGUAGUCGAGUGAGGUUUCUUCCAAGCCGUGUACAAUUGAAUAAAUGUUGAUGGUUCAGUGGCUUCCAAAUUCUUGUGUUUGGCUCAGCUUCAGUGUUAGUUAGAGGGUAGAUCAGCGAUCCUUUUUAUAGGAUUUGUAACAUAUAUAUAGAUCAGCUCAGCUCAGAGAAUAAGUUUUCUGUUUUUUUUUUCUUUGAUUUUUCAUAUUUAGGGUUCAUUAAUUGGUGUGGCAGAGUGUUUUGGAUAGAGCGGAUGCCCACCUUUCGAUUUAAUGUUGUGUUCCUUCUUGCCAUUAAAAACACAAGCAAAGAAAUUAUUCAUCAUUUUCUCUUUA